GCACUUAAGAUGUGACUUUAAGGUUUUACUACUUACGUAUAAAAUACUACACGGUCUAGCUCCAUCCUAUCUUGCUGAUUGUAUUGUACCAUAUGUCCCGGCAAGAAAUCUGCGUUCAAAGGACUCCGGCUUAUUAGUGAUUCCCAAAGCCCAAAAAAAGUCUGCGGGCUAUAGAGCGUUUUCAUUUCAGGCUCCAGUACUCUGGAAUGCCCUCCCGGUAACAGUUCGAGAUGCCACAUCAGUAGAAGCAUUUAAGUCUCACCUUAAAACUCAUUUGUAUACUCUAGCCUUUAAAUAGACUCGAGGGGGUCCGGUCCGAUCCGGUGGCCAUGUACUGCUCGCCUGUGUAUCGGCUGGGGACAUCUCUGCGUUGCUGAUCCGCCUCCGCUUGGGAUGGUUUCCUGCUGGCUCCGCGGUGAACGGGACUCUCGCUGCUGUGUUGGAUCCGCUUUGGACUGGACUCUCGCGACUGUGUUGGAUCCAUUAUGGAUUGAACUUUCACAGUAUCAUGUUAGACCCGCUCGACAUCCAUUGCUUUCCUCCUCUCCAAGGUUCUCAUAGUCAUCAUUGUCACCGACGUCCCACUGGGUGUGAGUUUUCCUUGCCCUUAUGUGGGCCUACCGAGGAUGUCGUAGUGGUUUGUGCAGCCCUUUGAGACACUAGUGAUUUAGGGCUAUAUAAGUAAACAUUGAUUGAUUGAUUGAAUUAUAAAUAAAGGUUUCUACACAAAGAAGUAAUCAUCAACUUAAAGUGCCCUCUUUGGGGAUUGUAAUAGAGAUCCAUUUGGAUUCAUGAACUUAAUUCUAAACAUUUCUUCACCAAAAAUUAAAUAUUUAACAUCAAUAUUUAUGGAACAUGUCCACAAAAAAUCUAGCUGUCAACACUGAAUAUUGCAUUGUUGAAUUUCUUUUCACAGUUUAUGAACUUAGAUUCAUAUUUUGUUGAAGUAUUAUUGCAUGUUCUCCCCGUGAAUGCGUGGGUUCCCUCCGGGUACUCCGGCUUCCUCCCACCUCCAAAGACAUGCACCUGGGGAUAGGUUGAUUGGCAACACUAAAUUGGCCCUAGUGUGUGAAUGUGAGUGUGAAUGUUGUCUGUCUAUCUGUGUUGGCCCUGCGAUGAGGUGGCGACUUGUCCAGGGUGUACCCCGCCUUCCGCCCGAUUAUAGCUGAGAUAGGCGCCAGCGCCCCCUGCGACCCCAAAAGGGAAUAAGCGGUAGAAAAUGGAUGGAUGGAUUAUUCAAUAAAUAUAUUUAUAAAGGAUUUUGAAUUGUUGCUAUUUUUAGAAUAUUUAAAAAAAAAAUCUCACGUACCCCUUGGCAUACCUCAAGUACCCCCAAGGGUACACGUACCACCAUUUGAGAACCACUGAUAUAUACCGUAGUCCCCUUUUAAAGAAACAGCUUCUCAAUUGUUAAUAUUAUUAAAGCAACUAAGUCUAAAAGCACUGGACGGAUCGUAUAAAAAUGGCAGCAUGAAAAAACGAAAUCUGACAUGAAAUCCCCUCCUCUGACGUAGUUAGUCAGUCAACCAAACAGUUUUUCCCUUCUCUCCUGUUCUGAAAUCUUAAAAUCCCUCCUCAGAACACCCUGCUGAGAUUUCUUUGCGUCUUACUGCAAAACGAGGUUGUGCAAGUGAGCCUAAUGUUAUCUAUUAUGUGUGGGAGAGCGGCAGACUAUAUGUUUACAGACGUAACAUGUUUGUGGCCCAUAAAGGCAAAGUAAAGACUCAUUAUUGAGCCGGUGAUAAGCAGUAGCCUACACACAUCGUUAAAGUCCAUCUGCUGCUCAUAAUUGGUCAGGGCAUUGCUGCUUCAAAAAAAGCCAUCUAUGAUCUUUUAUCAAUGCCGUUGAAGAAGACAGAUUCCUGGUGUGGCUGUCCAUCCCCGGACACGACUCGCUUCGCCCUCCUCGGCGUGCUCAUUGCCCUUUACAUGCUGGCCGGCGCAGUCUUAUUUUCUUCUUUGGAGAGAUCGGCAGAAAUGUUGAGCCACCAGCUUUGGGAGAAGAGGCUAAGGGACUUCACCGGCGAGCACAAUAUCAGUUACCAGGAUUUAAAUUCCCUUUUGCGCCACUACGAGGAGGCCAGGACGGCGGGCAUCCGUGCAGAACGGGGCAGAGCCCUGUGGGACGUCCCGGGAGCUUUCUACUUUGUGGGGACUGUGGUGUCCACCAUUGGAUUUGGAAUGACGGCCCCGUCCACAACAGCAGGGAAGGUCUUGCUUGUUUUCUACGGCUUGUUCGGCUGCUCGGCCGCCGUGCUCUUUUUCAACCUCUUCCUGGAGCGAGUGAUCGCGCUGCUGAGCCUCCUGUUAAACCGGUGCCACUCCAAGACCUUACAACACAACCGACCGGAGGUAAGAGUUGGCGGAGUUGGGCCCAAGAAAGACCAAUGGAAGCCGUCCACCUACCAAGUGACUCUGAUCCUAUUCGCUGCCGUCACGGCCGUCGCCUGCAGCGCUGCCUCUCUCUACUCGGCCAUGGAGGGCUGGACUUACUCGGAGUCUCUCUACUUCUGUUUUGUGGCCUUCAGCACAGUGGGCUUUGGGGACUUUGUGAGCGGCCAGAGGAAGCAACAUGAGGAGAUCCGAGCCUACCAGGUGGCAAACUGCGUCCUGAUGCUGCUGGGUGUGUGCUGCACGUACUCUCUCUUUAACACGAUUUCAAUGAUGGUCGGACAAGUACUGGACUCCAUGAUGGCGACACUGGUUAGGAUGUGUGGUCCUUUCUGCCUUUGCAAGCUGAGACUUAGCUGCCUGUCUGAAUGCUGUCCUCCUGUUCCUGAUGCAAGUGAUGAAUGCCACUGUGACGGCGCUGAAGUGUAAACCAUGUAGACCUGAGACCAGUGAUUCUCAAACGCAGGCCUGGGCAACUAUUUUGACUCGGGGGGCCAAAUUUAGAGACAAAAAUGUAUCUGGGGGCCGGUAUAAUUAUACCAGGGGUGCCCAUUACGUCGAUCGCGAUCGACUGGUCGAUCUCGGAGGGUGUGUCAGUCGAUCUCAAGCCAGGCAUUAAAAAAUAUACAUAAAAAUGAGCAAUCAUCAAUCAUACCAAGACUUCACUUUCGUCAGUUGUUUGACAUUCUCGGCACCCGAGGAUCUUGUGAGAUGACGAAAAAAUCACUAACAGGGCGGACGCAGAGAAACACAUUUUAUUUCUAGAGACUCCGUACCUACUGUCAAAACUCUAAAGACCGACAGCACAGUUCCUGUCUUCACCAUAAAAGACCUGUUUCAUCCUGCCUGUGCUAACAAAAUAAGAGUCUCAGAAAGCUAGCGUGCACAAGCUAGCAAGCUACGGAGUUUGAUGCCAAUGUAUUUCUCCCCCGCCCUCAGCGACCGCUUUCUCACUUGCUUGCCCACCCGCACACUCACUGACGUCACUCACCUGCUGCCAGACAUUAAAGGGCCACACACAUAUGCUACUCUCAUAACAAAGUGUUUAAAAACGAGUAUGCAAGUUGGACAAAUGAGAUGCCAAAUCCAACCACUUUCAUGUGGUAUUGGACAGAAAGGAGGACUUUUUUUUUCCUCCAUUUGAAAAUGCGGACGUUAUCAGCACCACUGUCUAAUUCCAAUCAAUGCAAGUCAUCAGAAUCAGGUAAUACACCAACUUAUAUUCUUGUCUUCAUGAAAGAAAGGAAUCUAUGUGUGUUAAACAUGCUUGUAUUAUCAUUAAACACCAUUAACUUGUUAACAAAAA